AUGUCUUACAACGAUGACAACCAACGUGGCGGUGGCUUCGGUGAUGAUAGCUAUGGCUCCAGCGGACGUCAAGGUGGCUUGGGUGAUGACAACUUCGGGUCUUCUGGCCGUCGACAGGGCGGUGGCCUAGGUGAUGACGCCUAUGGCUCUGGCCGCACUGGCGAUGACAACUUUGGAAGUGGUCGAGGCACUGGUGGCUUCGGAGGUGACGACAGCUUUGGCUCGUCAGGUCGCACUGGAGGUGGCCUCGGAGCCGAUGAUACCUAUGGCAGCAGUGGCCGAACUGGUGGUGCCACUAGCGGCCGUGACGAAUUCGGCAUGGGCUCCGGCCGCACUGGAGGACCAGACUAUACCCGUGAUCAGAGCGGUCGGGACCUAGGAGGGGAUUAUAGUAGCGGUCGCACUGGUGGUGGUCUUGGCGCCGACGAUACGUACGGCAGCUCAGGCUUGACCGGAGGUGCCACGGGUGGCCGUGACGAAUAUGGCCUUGGCUCUGGCCGUGGUGAAGGCCGGGGCACAGGUACUGGUACUGGUACUGGUGGCUAUGGCGGCGAUGACAGUUAUGGAUCGUCCGGUCGUACCACUGGUGGUGGUCUCGGCGCCGAUGAUACGUACGGCAGCGCUGGCGCAACUGGUGGCGCGGCUACCGGUCGUGAUGAUGACUACGGUAUGGGCGCUGGUCGCACUCGGGGCCAAGAACAAGGUGGUUACGGCGCCGGGGGCUACGAUGAUGACCAAUCUGGUGGAAAGAAGGAUAGCACUGCCGGAAAGCUCAUGGAGAAGGCCGGUGAUAUGUUCAAGAGUGAAAAGUUGAAGGAACGGGGUGCCGAGAAGAGAGAGCAAGCUGGAGGGUAUGGAGGGGAGAACUACUAA